UGCAAUCAAAGCCAUUGCUGUGUGACAUUCAGCAGCAGCAGCAGGGUGUGUGAUAGGAAUCGUGCACGUUCAAUUCUGUUCACAAAAAAAUGCAUGAAACAAAGCUAGCUACUGGUGGACCGUAAAUUCUACUACUAGAUUGGUCGGACCGGAAAUUCUGUAUUGCCACACUCAAGAUGGCGUCUAGGAAAUGAUACCAAAGAGGAACAUAUGACCACGGUUGGAACGUGAACUUCCCUUAAACCUGCCUCUUCCAAGAUGGCGCUUCCCAGACCUGUAUGGGCAGUAACGGGAGUUUUAUGGUGGGUCUGUGCCUUUCACUAUGUAUCGGGUGAUGACGGGAUCGUCAAAUGCGAUGAGCUUCGUUUGGGACAAUUUAUAUGUGCAGAUCCCGAAAUAAAUCCUGUCACACAGGAGCCAGUAAAUUGUUCAAACUACACUGCUGAUGCUCCUUGCUUUCCAGCACCUAACAUUACUUGUAAAGUAUAUGGUGGUAAUGUGACUACAUUCACAGGGAAAGAAAUAGGAUUUUACAGACCUUUCCCAUGCCGCAAUGUGAACGGAUAUUCCUACAAAGUUGCUGUUGCACUGUCUUUGUUUCUUGGAUGGCUGGGAGCAGACAGAUUUUAUCUAGGGUAUCCAGCUCUAGGAAUGCUGAAAUUUUGCACAGUUGGUUUCUGUGGAAUUGGCAGCCUACUUGACUUUAUCCUCGUUUCCAUGCAGAUUGUUGGACCUUCUGAUGGAUCAAGUUAUAUUAUAGAUUACUAUGGUGCUAGACUUGUCCAUUUAAGUAUUAACAAUGAGACCUACAGAAAGAUGCCAUCAAACCCAUAAUUGUUAGUAUCUCUCGUGGUACCUCUUUGUUGAUAGAACAAUGCAAGUGAAUGGGACAUCCCUUGCAAAUGAUAUGGAGACUCAAACAUCUGUAAAGAAGGGGGAUACAUUUGAUUAAUUUGAUCUUACUUUAAAAAGGGGCAAAGUUAUUGUUCCCUGUAAUCUGCUCUAUGCAACAAUUUUGUCAUUUCACUGAACACUGUAAAUUUCAGGUCUGGUUUCGAAUGCACAUUAACCUAAAAACAAGAAAUGGAAAAUAAGGAUUUGGUCUUACAUAUGUAAAUGUUUGUGUAAAUAAAUGUGCACACGUGUAAAUAAGUGUGCAGAAAGCACUGUAGUGGAUGCAGACAAGUUCAUAUUUAUUUACAGAUUAUGAUGUAGAAAUCAUUCAUUGUUGCACACAGAUUUUUCCACUUGUAUUAUUUUGCCUCAACAUCUUCCUAGGGGCUGACAUGUUGCAGUAAGGGGAACUAUCUUCUUGCUUUAUUUUCUUUAUUUGUUGCUGGACAGCAACUCUUCGGAUUAAACUGCACUGGAUAGGUUUGCUGGAAGAAAGCCCUGGACAUCUUUAUUCCUAAGUACUAAUAGACUAGUUUAACCUUCUUAGUGCUUCACUGUAUGAUUGACUUUUUUUUUUUUUGUCUGUGUGUACAUUCAUCACAUUUCUGUAAUAACUAGCAUAGUGUGUAUUAUGCACCCUUUACAAUGGAUGGUGUCUCUUGCUCAUUGAUGUAGCUUAUUAUGUGCACAGAAUACUCCCCCAUCUUUAUAUUUAAAAGAAAGUGGUAAAGUACCUGCAAUAUUGAUUGCUCCUCGUUAUGUCUUCAUAAGAGAUUGCACUUUUGCAAUCUGUGGAAUUCCUUCACUGAGGUAAAAAAAUAUUCAGCUUCCCAUACAGACGAUGCAGACCUUAGUACAUGGUCACACAAUGCGUUUUCUCCUCUAAUUUUUUUUAAAUACAAUGCAAUGCCACCUGCUGAUGGGUGUUUUUUUUUUUUUUUUAUAACAGUAAUGAAUGUGAUCUGCCUGUCUCUGUGCAGGACAUUUCAGAAAGAAAAUAGGCCAUCCUUAAACUGCCUCUAGUCCCACUCUUUUUAUGGGAACCAAGUCCCUUAUAUUAAAUAUAACCGUAACCCGUGUCUUUGUACUUUAUAAUUUAUGGUAAGAAAUUAAAUGUAACCCUUACUACAAUAAAUAAGGUAGAUUGUUCCCUGGGAUUUUGAAUGUAGUCAUGCAUUAUUCCAACAACUAUAUUGGUUUGUAAUCUUGUUAAUCCUGUAAAUAGAACUACUCUUACAUAACAAUUUACUUUGUCCUAUUUUGUAAUGGUCCAAAAAAUAUAAUCUAUCUAUGUUCUGUGUCAAUACAUGUAAAUGGAAUACUUUUCAGAAAGAUGAACAGUGUGGUUAAGCUCCCAAGCUGCUUUUCAGACUUCAUAAAACUCACAAAUCCAGCCAAGCAUAUAGGAUACGCAAAUUUCUAAGGUAUUUUGUUGUAAUUCUGUAGAUCUUCAUGCAUUCAAUGUUGAACAUAUUAAAACUAUCCUUAGAAAGAAGAAAUCUUCCAAUAGUUGGUAAAACAAUGCUUUACCAAAACAUGAACAGUUCAUUCUCCAACGAGUAUAUAGUUAUUAUUUAAAGGAGAAGGAAAGGGACAAAUCACUAGGUGGUGCCGACUUGUCACACUCAAGUGAUUAUAAGCUUUUGCCUGAAACCCCAGUCUGGAGCUACUAUUUGCUAAAAACUGCACUGGAGUGCUACUGUAGUAGAGGCGUGUCAUCCUCAUCAUCUUCAACAGUACCUCUUUAUGGAUGCUCUGUACAGGCCUACUCAGGGUGCACUGUAGAGGAAAAUGCAGGUUUUAUGCUUCUGUGUUCUACAUUUCAUUCAAGGAAUCUCUAGGAGAUGAUAGUGAUGUGGCACUUGUACAGUAGUACCCAGGCUGGUGCAGUUUUUAGCAUUGAUCCGGGGGCUCUGGUUGGAGAUUAUAAUCACUGGGAGGGGUCGACAAAAAUGACUGAUGGCUUAGGUCUUAAAGUGAUACGAACACUAAAAAACGACUUUUUAAAAUAUGAAAGUAUAUUAAAAGUUACCUAUAGGUUGUUUUUUUGUGGACGGGUUUGUUUUUGUAAGCAAUUGUUAGUUGAAGUUCCCAAACCUGACUGUUUUGCCAACCUGACUGUCCCAUCUCAGCUAGUCAGUUAGUUUCUAAUGCUAACGGACUUCUGCUGUACAAAUAUGGCAGCCCCCUCAUACAGGAACAUGGGGCAUGAGACGUGUAAUGUAAAAGCGUUGUGCAAAUACUUUAUGGCAAAGUUAUAAGUAGCUUUCGAAAGUAAUAUUAUGAUAGAUGUAAAAAAAGUGUUUAAUUUCUAGUGUCAAUAUCUCUUUAAGGUUACAAUUUUAUUGUUAUUGUUACAUUUUAAUUAUCUUUGUGUUAAGGUUGUCUCCUAUUCGUCUUGCAGUCUUUUACUAAAAACACUGCCUAGUUUCAUACUAAUUAAAAUAAAUGUAAAAAUAGAUAAAUAAAACCAAGGCCAACUGCAAACUGUCUUAGAAUAUGCCUGUCUAUAUUGUACUAAAAGUUAAUUAAAAGGUGAACUAUGGUUGUCUAUUUUUGUGUCGGUGACAUAUCUCUAGUUAUUGGGCCCCGAAGCAAGACCUUUCCAGAUUUUUAUGUGUUAUCAACACUUGACUGUUAAGUAGUGAUGCAAGGGUCAGCCAAACCUGUAAAUAACCUAAAGACAAUUAACCUCACAGUCUUGUUAGUGACACAUUUAUCAAAGCAUUAGAGUUGUGAUAUUUGAAGCUUAACAUUUGUUUAAAAUAAUUAUUUUUGGUAAUUUGAAUUUAAUUUUUUUUUACUGCUUUGUUACUCGAAGGAAUGAAUUGAAAAUAGAGCUUCCAAUGUAUAUACUUAUACAGGUUAGAGAAGAUGUAAUAUGUAGAUAUAAAUAAUGCAUUGUAUAUUUUGUUUUUUGGAGGAAAAAUGACAAUAAGACAAUGUUGAUUAAUUGUUAUGUUUUUGUACAGAUGAGUUGUGAUUUAAUGUUCCAUGUAAAUCUACAUUGAUAUUUAUCUAAUUUCUACUCUGUUAAUAAAUCUUAAAGGAGAA